AUGGAGCAACGACCGACUCUCUCUGCGAAUGCAGUCAUAUCCCUCUUAGCUGGGGCGUGGGUCGUACUCAGGACAUCGGCGGCUUUCUUUGCCUUGUGGCUCAGCAAACUCGCCUGCCAAAAGCUCCAUAACCCAAACAUCGGCACAUUCAUUGGCAUUUGCAUCGGCGGUGCGAUCUGGAAAUGCGUCGACAGACUCCUCUUCCACCCGCUGAGCGGAUUCCCUGGCCCCAAGCUCGCCGCUUUGACGCACAACUAUGAGUUCUACUACGAUGUAAUACUCGGAGGCCAGUAUACGUUUCUGCUGAAAGCGCUCCAUGACAAGUACGGCCCGAUCAUCAGGAUCUCGCCGUAUGAGCUGCACGUUAUCGAUCCGGAGUUUCAUGAGCAGUUGUAUAGUGGUCAUGGGAAUCCGAGAGAUAAAUAUCCGUUUGUGACGCAUAGCGUGGGAGAGACGACCUCUGUCUUCGCUACCAUAUCGCAUGAGAAGCACCGGCAAAGAAGAGCGCCACUCAAUGCACUAUUCUCGAAGAAGUCGGUUGGCGAGCUCUCAUCUACCAUCUUGGAACGGGUGGAAAAGCUAUGUCAACGAAUAACGGAGUUUCGAGCUUCGCAAAAGCCUCUCUCGCUGAAGCAUGCAUACUCGUCCCUGACUUUGGAUGUCAUCUCGGGUUAUUCAUUCGGAAAAUCCCAGCGAGCUCUUGACAGUCCGGAUUUCGAGAAGGUCUUGAUCGAUGGCUUCGAUGAGGCCGCUGACGGGUUAUGGCUCAUGGAGUUCUGCCCACCCAUUCGUGCUUUGAUGCGACAGAUUCCGCCUUCUUGGGGUUGGCUCCUUGGGCCUGGCGUGGAUGCCCUGAUGAAGGUCCAAAGUUACCUCGAGGUACAAGUUAGGGAGGUUCAAAAAGAGCGAGUCCAGGAGAAGAAAGAAGAGCGGCGUACGGUCUUCAAUGAGAUGCUCGACAGUCCUGACCUGCCACCCGAAGAUCGGUCCACGUUCAAUCUCGUCAACCAGGCUCAGGUCAUCAUUGGUGCUGGAAUUACAACUUCAGCGGCCCAUCUCGCGAACACCACAUUCCACAUCCUCAACAAUCCCAGAAUCCUCAAGAAACUGCAGCAAGAGCUGAACGAGGCAAUACCAGACCCGAGCACCCUCGCACCACUGGCAUCCUUGGAGAAGCUAGAAUAUCUCAACGCAGUCGUCGCAGAAGGCCACCGACUAAGCCAUGGCGUCGUCCAUCGCAUGCCAAGAAUCUCUCCCUACACACCGAUCAAAUACGGCGACUGGACAAUACCCGCCGGCUUGCCAGUGGGAAUGAGUGCGCUGCACAUCCAUCUAAACGAAGAAAUCUUCCCAUCGCCGAACGAAUUCCAACCCGAGCGGUUCUUGGGCGAGGAAGGGCAGAAACGGAAGAAGUAUGUCGUGCCUUUCAGCAAAGGGACAAGAAGAUGCCUGGGCGAAAACCUCGCUACGGCAGAGCUUUACCUGACGCUAGCAGCCGUGUUCCGUCGCUUCAACCUGGAGCUGUUCGAGACGACGAGGGAGGACGAUAUCGACAUGGCGCGGGAGUACAUGAUUCCCUUUCCGAAGAAAGGGUCUCAGGGUCUGCGGGUGCUGGUCAAGUGA